AUGUCGCAGAAAUCGGUCGUAUUGAAACACUGGGCGCGUAUUAUCAAGCAAUGGCCCGUGGACAAAGUCCGUCCUGAAUAUGUCUCCUUCCAAAAGGUCAUGCAAGAUCAUCUCAACAAAGUCGCAUCUGCCAGGGCCGCUGCUCAGAAUGUCACAUCAAACAACGAAGUCCUGGCCACCCCGACCGAGCCCUCUCAGAUAAACCAACAAAAGGCAAUGAAACAGAUUAACGCACUAUACAAUCUUCUCGAUGAUCGAUUUGUCAAGGAGUUUCCAAUGCCAGCGCAGACCCGUCAUCCGCAGAGCAGACCUACGCACUACGAUGAUGUUGUGAAAGAGAUGGGCGAAGCUGCCACUCGAACGUGGGUCGCGUCCAUGUAUAACAGGAUCAGAGGAAUGCUACGAUUUUCAUGA